UCAGGCAUGCGCCACUUACAAAUAUCAGCCCACCAAACCCUUCUGGAGAGCAGUCUUCAAGACAUUUGUCGGAACAGGAUACUUUCAUUUAUAAUUGAACGCUUCAGAGCAUUUGCUUAGAUAUGGCAGUCUUAAAGAAAUAAAAUAAACUGCACAGCACAUAAACAGGCACUGGGCAGUUAUUUACCAGACCCGCAGCAACCAGUGACACUGGCAGAUAAUAAAACUGAUCAAUAAUAAAUUGGUGGUGCAAAUGAAUAAACCUGGAGAUGGUUUAUUAAUUUAAAUAGGAUUCAGCUGCUGAUGGAGUAAGACGAAAUAUCGACAUUGGGUUUGUUCUGACGGAGACGACGAGGGAGUCAAAGCCACUGCUGGUACCGUGGCGCGAGGACACAUGGGUCGACACCAGAAACCUUAUCGUGUCUUAAAUACCAGGAUUCACACGUGAACAGUUAUGGGCUCAACACUUGACAUUUCUGCGUGUCGAUAUUUCCUUUGCUGGAUUUGCGGAGACGUUUCGCGUUAUGUUUGGUGCUGAAAACGGGACUGCGGACGAUAUUUUAUUCUUGCAUUUCAACCUCGCGUGGACUCUCAUGUGGACUUAUUAUCACUGAUCCCGUGGCAUAAGAAAAUGUGCAAAACAUCGCUUUAAAAUGCCAGUUGUUGUAUUAUGAUUUUGACACGCGCGUGAUUGUUUAACCAUUACCCGAGCAUGUCGGAUUGCUUCUCUUCGUCUCGUGCGUCUUUAUCACGAUUUGUAUUUCUCCGUUAAUUUUCUGGAAGAUAUCGGGCUAUUCUUUGUUUUUAAUUUUAUUUGAAUGCAUCAAGCUGGAGAAAGACAGAGGAAAGAGAAAACGACAGAUACACGACUGAAGGACGCGGAGAAUGAAUGAGACUGAGUGAAGAAUCACAGUAAGGUUCUUCAUCAGUAAGAGGGCGUGAGGGAAGGAGUGUCCCACACUGAAGCGCCCGCUGACCUCCCCCACCACCUUACGUCCAUCCACAGCAUGGCUCUCUCUCUCUGGAUCCUCUUUACCUGCACUGUCGCCCUCAGCAGCAUCAGUCCCUCUUCACAGGCAUUAAGUCGCUCCGCAAUGCCGUUCGGUCUGAUGAGGAGGGAGUUGGCUUGUGAGGGAUACCCCAUCGAGCUCCGGUGCCCCGGCAGUGAUGUCAUCAUGAUCGAGACCGCCAACUAUGGCCGCACAGACGACAAGAUCUGUGAUGCCGACCCCUUCCAGAUGGAGAACGUGCAGUGCUACCUUCCAGAUGCUUUUAAGAUCAUGUCACAGAGGUGUAACAAUAGAACUCAAUGUGUGGUGGUAGCCGGGUCUGAUGUUUUUCCAGACCCCUGUCCGGGGACCUACAAGUACCUGGAGAUCCAGUAUGAAUGUGUGCCAUACAUCUUUGUUUGUCCUGGGCCACUGUUAAGGAUACAGGCAGCAAGUUUGCUGCAGGAGGCUGAGCAUCAGUCGGGGGCAUGGUGUAAGGAUCCCCUGCAGUCUGGUGACCGUCUUUAUGUCAUGCCCUGGACUCCGUACCGUACAGACAUGUUGUAUGAGUACGCCUCAUGGGAGGACUUCAAGCAGAAUCGAGCCACAACUAACUACAAGCUGCCAAAUCGUGUGGAUGGAACAGGCUUUGUCGUGUAUGACGGCGCUGUUUUUUACAAUAAGGAACGUACACGCAACAUUGUAAAGUAUGACCUGCGCACACGUAUCAAGAGUGGAGAAGCCAUAGUCAAUAAUGCCAACUACCAUGACACUUCUCCAUACCGUUGGGGUGGCAAAUCUGAUAUUGACCUUGCGGUGGAUGAAAAUGGACUAUGGGUUAUCUAUGCCACAGAGGCCAACAAUGGAAGACUGGUGGUCAGCCAGGUUAACCCCUACACUCUGCGCUUUGAGGGAACGUGGGAGACUAGCUUCGAUAAGCGUCUGGCAUCCAACGCCUUCAUGGCAUGUGGUGUCCUAUAUGCCGUACGCUCUGUAUAUCAGGACGAUGACAGCGAGGCAGGUGGAGAUCUGGUGCUGUACGCCUACAACACCAACCGAGCUCGAGAGGAGCCAGUCAGCAUCCCUUUCCCCAACCCCUACCAGUAUGUCUCCUCUGUGGACUACAACCCACGAGACAACCAACUUUACGUCUGGAAUAACUACAACGUGCUACGUUACCCCCUGGAAUUCGGCCCACCGGACCCCACGGCUGGUCCACUGACCACCAUCCAGACGAGCAGCAGCAGCACCACCACUCCGGCAAGACCUGUCACUUCCAGCUCCAUCCCCAUCACCAUGCGACCUUUGCCCCCUACUGCUCACCCGAUAGGUGCCAUUAACAAGGCGCCAGACUUGAGGCCCAUCACAGCCACUGUUCCAGUGACACGUAGACCCAUGCGAGUCCCACCUCAAGGCCCGGAACUACAGGGUUGUGAAGCCCGUGUGGCCCGAGGGGUACAGUGGCCUGCCACACAGAGGGGAGAGACGGUCGACAGGCCAUGUCCUAAGGGAUCCCUAGGGAUCGCCUCCUUCCAGUGUCUAUCAUCUCCUGUUCUGUGGAAUCCUCGCGGCCCUGAUCUGAGUAACUGCACCUCUCCGUGGGUCAACCAGGUGGCUCAGAAGAUAAAAAGCGGAGAAAACGCAGCAAACAUCGCCGCCGAGCUGGUGAAUCACACGCAGGGCCGUAUUCACGCUGGUGAUGUCAGUUCCUCCGUCAGACUCAUCGAGCAGCUGUUGGAUAUUUUAGAUGCGCAGCUGCAGGCCCUCAGACCCGGGAAUAAGGAAUCGGCAGCCAGGAACUACAAUAAGUGGCAGAAGAGAGAACGGACCUGCCGGGCUUAUGUUCAGGCAGUGGUGCAGACCGUAGAUAAUCUCUUGCGUGCCGAGGCUUUGGAGUCAUGGCAGGACAUGAACAGUACGGAGCAGGCUCAUACCGCCACCAUGCUGCUUGACGUUAUGGAGAAAGGUGCCUUCCUGUUGGCCAACAACAUGUACAAUAACCACUUCUCUGACCAUGCUGCCAACGUCGAUCUGGAGGUGCGAGUACUGAACACGGAGACAGACUCUCAGGACUUGUUCUUCCCCCAGAAUGGCCCCAGUGACAGCAGCAUCCAGCUCUCCGCGUCCACAUUUAAACAGUACAGCCGCAAUGGUCAGGUUAAAGUGGUCUUUGUGCUCUAUAAGAAUCUGGGUUCAUUUCUCUCCACUGAAAACGCCACCGUGAAAAUGGAGAUGGAGACCGGGCACGGUGGGCGGGGCCUGGCGGUGAAUUCGCAUGUCAUCGCGGCAUCGAUAAAUAAAGAGUCCAGUCGAGUGUUUUUGACUGAGCCUGUGGUGUUUACACUUCGACAUCUACAGCUAGAGAAUCAUUUCAGCCCGAAUUGUUCAUUCUGGAACUACUCUGAGCGUUCGAUGACGGGCCAGUGGUCGUCUCAGGGCUGCCGGCUGAUGGAAACUAACAGCACGCACACAACGUGCUCUUGUAGCCAUCUAACCAACUUCGCCGUGCUGAUGGUACAUCACGAACCCGACUACCCUGGCAGGAUGCACGAGUUGAUUCUCUUUGUCAUCACAUGGGUGGGGAUUGUCAUUUCUCUGGUGUGUCUUGCAAUCUGCAUCUCCACCUUUUGCUUCCUGCGAGGCCUGCAGACCGACCGCAACACCAUUCACAAGAACCUGUGCAUCAAUCUUUUCAUUGCAGAACUACUUUUUCUCAUCGGCAUUGACAAGACGCAGUACCACAUCGCCUGCCCCAUUUUUGCAGGUCUGCUGCAUUUCUUUUUCCUGGCGGCAUUCUCCUGGAUGUGUUUGGAGGGCAUCCAGCUUUAUCUGAUGCUGGUGGAAGUCUUCGAGAGCGAGUACUCCCGAAAGAAAUACUACUACCUGUGCGGCUACUGCUUUCCCGCCCUGGUGGUGGGUAUCUCGGCAGCCAUCGACUACCGCAGCUACGGGACUAAAAAAGCGUGUUGGCUGAGGGUGGAUAACUACUUCAUCUGGAGCUUUAUCGGUCCUGUGUCCUUCAUUAUCAUGUUAAACCUGGUGUUCCUCAUGAUAACUCUUCACAAGAUGGUCCGUAACUCAUCCGCCCUCAAACCCGACUCCAGCCGUCUGGACAACAUCAAGUCCUGGGCUUUAGGAGCCAUCGCUCUGCUCUUCCUUUUGGGUUUGACGUGGGCAUUCGGUCUCCUGUUUAUCAAUGAGAACACCGUCAUCAUGGCGUACCUCUUCACCACAUUCAAUGCUUUCCAGGGCAUGUUCAUCUUCAUCUUCCACUGCGCUCUGCAGAAAAAGGUGCAUAAGGAGUACAGCAAGUGCCUGCGUCAUUCAUACUGUUGCAGUCGCACCUCGACUACGAGCUCUCAUGGAUCUCUAAAGAACUCUGCCUUGCGUGCCAACAACCGUUACUAUACUGGCAGCCAGGCGCGGCAUGCGGCAGUGCAUAGACAGAGCCGUAUUCGUCGUAUGUGGAACGACACGGUGCGAAAGCAGACAGAGUCGUCUUUCAUGGCCGGAGACAUAAAUAGCACUCCAACCCUCAACCGUGCUACGAUGGGGAACCAUCUUCUGACCAAUCCUGUGCUGCAGACUCGCACAGGCACCUCCCCAUACAACACCCUGUUGGCUGAGACAUUUACUCCACCCUCACCUGGGGUCUUCAACUCCACAGGAACUUUCCGUGACCCAAAGAGCACACUGUCUAAGAAUCGAGAUCAUGGAGGCAUGGAGACUCUACCCCUGAAUGGGAACUUCAACAACAGCUAUUCUCUGCGUGGCGUCGGCAGUUCUGGUGGUGCCGGGGGCAGCUGUGACUUCCUUGGGGGUGGUGGCAGAGACAGUCCCCCACCGUUACUCAACCCACGAGGUUCAGAAACUCUCGGCGGGAUACAGCGGAACAUCUCUGAUGCAGCAGCAUUUGAGAAGAUGAUCAUAUCUGAAUUAGUGCACAAUAAUCUACGAGGGGGCGGAGGGGCUGGGGAUAGAACAUGUGGCAGCCUGGUCAGAGGACAUGGCCACAUGGGCAUGGGGCGGAGCGGGGGCGGGCCUGAGCCAGUGAUAGGCAUGGAGCCCGAUGAAGAUUUUCGUUCAAGAGAAGCACGCCAACGCACACCGCAGGACGUGGAAAUGCUCUAUAAAGCUCUCGAGGAGCCCUUGCUGCUGCAGCAAGCCCAAUCCGUGCUCUACCAGAGCGACCCAGAAGAAUCCGAAAGCUACACGGGUGACCUAACAGAAAGUUUGGGCCACAGUGGUCACAGCGGUCAAAGUGCAGCUGGCCAGGGCCGCAACGGAGCCCCCGAUUCACCUGCGCGGGACUCCCUUUACACCAGCAUCACUAACCUGCGAGAUUCGCCGUACCCCGACAGCAGCCCGGAGCCACUAGAGGUGGUUCCACGCUCGGCCCAGCCUCCAGAGGAGCUCUACUAUAGCUCGGGCCGGCCCGCCAUAGGCUCCCGCGGAGCCCCAAUGCAGACCUUUUACCAGGCUCCACCAAGGAGACCUAGCACUGAAGCCCAGCCUGCUCCUGAGCCCCCCCACAGCGAGGGAGAUGGACAGAUGCAGUUGGUCACCAGCCUGUGACAACGACAAAGAGGUGGAGGAGGAAGUGGACCACAGGGUUUGACGCAAAGUGCCGACGACAAUGGAUUCCUCUCCUGUCUCUGAUGCCCACCGUGUGUCUAGUUGCCUUUUUACACUUUCCUUUGUUUAGAAGUGAGAGUUAAGGAAAGCCUAAACAGAGAGAGCAAGAGAGAGGUUUGUCUCCAUGGCAGCAAGGGUAACCACUCUAACUCUCUCAUCAGCAACAUUUUUCCUCCCUCCUCAGACUGAUAUAUAUAUGGUAAAAACACCUAGUCCAGCCAUCUGCCUUCUCUCAGUGAACCGUCAGCUCUCUUUUUUUCAUGAUCAUUCUCAACCUGCUCUGGCAUUUGUGUCUGUGUUUAUUUCUCAUCAGGUCUUAAAAAUGUUGCUUUGUAAUUCCUCACCCUCUCUUUUUUUCUCUUUUCAUUAUUAUUUGAUGAGAGCUGUUACGGGAGAAGAUGGGGCUGUGUCAUUAUACUACAACGUGACAAAGAAACUCUUUGAAAGCUCUUCAGUGUUGCCAAAAAUAACUGUUUUUGAGCCAGAACAUAAACUGGAAUCUACUCACACACACACACUGUCUCUCCCUCACAGAAGUGCUCGUUACCGAACAUCAAGGGUAUGAACACACAUGCUCCUGAAAAAAGAAAACAAGGACUUUUGUUCAGAAACAGGUAGCAGGAAGCUGCCUCAGUGGAGUUGCCUUUAUUUCUCUCUCUGAACUCACUCUUCUGUAUAGAUCAACCACGGAGACCGGGAACUAAGGGGGAGGGUUAGGACACAACCCAUCGUCAGCCGGUUGUGCGAAGCUGCUCGACCGUGGGACCUCUCAGAGCAAUGAAUGAAACUUUGUAGGAUUUUGUUCUGACUUAUCUCAGACCCACGGACGAGGGCAAAUGACUGGACCUGCCUUCUGAAUCACCGAUGGAUGUUUUAGGUGGACUACAUGCCGUUUCACCUAUGUGUUGUUGUGGCUAGAGGAAUUUUUUUGCUACCGCUCCAGCCGUCCAACCACUGUACAUACAAUCCACACAAAAGUAAAAGCAAGUCUUAUUCCUGUACAUAGAUAAACCAGAUGAACAAAAGCAACAAAAAAGCAUCAAGUACUAUGAAAAUAGAAACAAUUCUUGUACCGCAACUGAAAUUGAAAAGUCGAAAAUAAAAAUGUUUUGAAGUUUGUGACCCGAACGACACUGCAGUCUCUCUCCGUCUUUCUUUCGCUCCCUCUGGCCCCCAUUCGCCUCUGCCUCGGAGCGCUGCAGUGCCGGAAAAUCUAAUUGUCUGCCAAGAGACAGCGAAAGAGAGCCAGAAAGACGGAAAGCGAAGGAUUUUACAUACCAACGAGAUCUAUUCUGGCACAAUUUUUAUGUAAUAUAACCCAUUACAUGUUGGUAAUGUUUGACCUUCAACAUUCCCAGACAGAAAGUGCUUAACAUGAAUGCAAGGGGAAUACACUGUGCCUCAGGGGUGCACCGGUGCAUUGUGGGUUGACUGACAGCAGCCAUAAUGUAGGUUACGGUUUAUCUGGAAGAUGUAAUAGAUAUCAGAUGAAUAGAAUACGAAGUGUUUAGACGAACAAAAAAUCGGGAACACACAUAUUCAGUGGCGAACCCUAGAUUGUAUUCGACUGUUUUUACAUACCAAUAUCAGCUGUUGUUUCUGAAACUGGUGCGACAGUUGACUUGAGAUUUGUAUGUCUGAAUGUGAAUCUUUGAAUGCCUGUGAAUCAACAGUAUGUACGUGUGCGUAUUUCAGAGGCUAUUUUUACUGGGUUAGAUGGACACGUAUAGCUGAAGUAAAUCUAUAUCUAUUUAUGAGCUCAGUAGAAGCUUCCAUCUAAAAGACUUUGUUCAAGGUAUUUUAAGUGUUGUUAUUUUGCCAGAAACGAACAGGAUUAGCAUUCACUGAGUGACAGAAACAUCUGACCAAUGAGACACGGCCACAUGCAAAUGAUCUCCGUAGCCUGUCGAACAAAAGAGAGGUAUUUACGAGUGCUCCACCCAUCUGAAGUCUACUGAAUCUUUUUCACGUUUGAUGUUUUAUUUAUUAAUAUUUAUUUGUCUGUUUUGAUUUAUUUAUGCACAUAUUCAUUUAUUCAAGUGUGGUUUUCAUUCUGCAGUGUGUACCGAGCAUAUGUGAGGAUGAUGAGAGAUGGAAAGUGAAGAGAGAGAGAGGGGGGAAUAUACAUGUUUAAUGCAAGUCAGUUAUGGAGGCAAUGUGUGAAGCUACUGUAGGCUCCAGCGAGCUCGCUGGAGGACACGGAUGGUCUCCUUACACUCACUGUCAGAGGUAGAUAACAUUGUGCAUCCCGAAUGCGCUACCUGUAAUUCAAAACACCACCUGUACUCUUUACACACUGCAAGAAGCCGUUUUCUUAAUUAGUGUUUUUGAGUUGAUCUCAGUAUAAAUAUCAAAGCAUCCUUGAAACAAGAUAAAUAUACUGGAGAAGCAAAAUUGCUGGAUUUUGAGACCUCUUAAGACCUACUUGAUACUGAUUGGUCGAUCUCGGCAUUCUGCGGUCAGAUAUUUUUGAAUAAUGAAUAUAAUUGACUGUUGUCCCUGGCAACCAAUUUCCAACACUGUGCUCUUUUACUGUAUGUCUCUGGUGCCGCUCUGCCGCCUCUUUCGUUGCGAAUAAUUAAAUAAUUUCAGCUUAAAUUGAUAUUUGAUGUCAAUUUAUUUAUUUAUAUAGUAAAUAGUGUUGGCAAAUAACAAGCAGGGUUUAUUUUCAUAUUAACCCUUGGUUGUUUAUGCGUAAAACAAGAUAAAUAAAUGCCAACGUGGUAAGAAAAAUGCUCAAGCUUACUUUGAUAUUUAAUUCAAGAUAUAUUGUAGUCAUAUUAUUACACAAUUUUGCUUCUCGUGUAUCUUGUUUCAAAGAUGUUAUACUGGAAAACAAGACAUGGGUAGUGAUGAAGCAAAUAAUUUUUCUCAAGUCUUCUUAAGGGACGUGUGUGCAAUCUGUUGCAUGGUGACUUUUACUGAUUGACACUACAGUAGGUGCUUUUGUCUUGGCCAGCGGGUGGUUAGUACACCCAAUCCUACGUUUAGGGCAGAAGCACGUACCGUCAGCUUUUCUUUAAAACGAUGACCUGAACAUUUUGUUUUAUGUUGAUGGGUCGGACCAGUUUGGACUGGUCAGCGGGUUUGACCGUUUGAAUGUAUUGUCAUAACACAUAAUGGUGAACUGGCUCUCUGAGACUAAGGUGCUCUCUGUGGAUAUCUGCUCCUGAGUCAUGGCCCUCUGCCCACCUGACACAACACGCUGCUGUUUUACCCUUCUGCAUUGGUUGCCGGGGUAAAAGGCUGUUUACGUCCCUCUUUCUCUCCCUGGAGAUGCCCGAUGUGCGUCAUGUUUUGUGUAGCUCUCCGUUUUCUGCCCUUGCACGGUUCGUUUCCCAUCAUCAUUUCUACUCCCCACCCCAUCGCCCACAUCGUUCCCCCAAUUCCUGCUUAGCUCGCUGAAUUGAUUUACACAGCUUUCCUGGUUAAGCGUUAAUGUGGGAAGAUUUGUUAUGUUAGUCAAAGGCUUUGUUUACUGAAGGGCUGAAGGGAUAAUAUAGUACAGCGUUGAAUAUGUUGAUAAUGACAGUGAUUACGCGCCGUAGUAAACUGCUAGACUAAAGCCCGCUCCGAGGGACUGCUACCACUUCCAAAAUCCCCAUACAACCCCUGAUUAUCAUAAUAAUACUAAGAGCUAUAAUCUAGCAGAGUCAACCCACCAUGCGCUCACUCUCUGGGUUUCUCUUUUUGUCUUUUUUCCCCUCUCGCUCUUUGAGAGCACUCACAUUCGCUGUUCUCUGGAUAUGAAAGGAGUCGCCCUGUUCUGCUCUGCAUAUCGGCCUCAUUUUCUUCACUUUGAAACAGAGAGGUGAAGCACGAGUACACGCCGGAUGAGUUUUUCCUGCAACCGUUUUUGAGAAAAAUCUCAGUAGAGAGGCCUUUAAAGACCCCAUGAAAUCGCUUGACGUGCUGCGUUCAUAUACAAAGACUUUUUUAAAAUAGCCUUUAGUUUAUAUAACAGACAUUAACUGUGAUUUGCUACUUGCUGUCACUUGAGAUGUGUUUAGAAGAGAAGUUUAAUGCAUAAACGAAAAAAAUUGCUCUGUAUUCUUAAAAAAAAGCCUUUUGCAUGCAUUGGAAAAAUUAUGUGAUAAAUAAGUCAAAUCAACAUACGUUUUGGCAUUACUUUAACAUACAAAAUUAAAUUAGGCCAUGUCAGUUACAUUACUAGCCAAAAUUUAAUAUAGUAAAUUUAAAUAACUUUGAUAUUUAUUCAAAUUUACAUGACAGCGCAUAUUCAAAAAAGGUGACUUAAGCCAUAUCCACCCGACACCUGAGCUUUCCGUAUCCAAUCUAUUAUUUUUCUAGUUCUAAAAAAGUCUGUAAACACGUAAAUACAUAGUAGCGCGUUACUGUCAUUCCACUACUUUUAGUGGUAACGAGCAUGUCAUUUUUUUUAUCAAGUAAUGCAGUUACAAUUACUAAAAUUUAAAUAAGUUUGUUACUCGUGUUACUCUAUUUUGUAAUGGCUUCCAAAAUGUAGGAUCAAUCUGGACAAAGUACCAAUAGCAUACGGUACAAAAUAAAUACGUAUUCAGCUAAAUGCAUCUCUGUGUGGACGGGCUCUUGCUUGCAGGGCGUGCGUUAAAGAACACAAACACAAAAAUCUAAUUUCCUUAAUGACCAACACAAUUUAACUCAUUCCCCGCCAGCAUUUUUUGUGAUUUUCACAAAAGUUUCACAAAAUGCCUUCCAGGAAAAUGUUCUAAGAAUAUAUGAACAUACAAAUAUAUCAAAUGAAUAACAGACUUCAAACAAACAAAAAACUUUUCAUGCUCUCUAUAUUUUUUUCUCUGCAUAUAAACUCUUGAAGGGGCCAUGGCACAAGACUUUUUUAAGAUGUCAAAUACAUCUUUGGUGUCACCAGAGCACAUGUGUGAAGUUUUAGCUCAAAUACCAUAUAAAUAAUUUAUUAUAACAUGUUAAAAUCGCCACUUUGUAGGUGUGUGCAAAAAUGUGCCAUUUUGGGUGUGUCCUUUAAAAUGCAAAUGAGCUGAUGAACACAACGAUGGUGGUUUGUUGCAAUUGAAACUCAGUUUGAUGUUAAUUAUUUUCUCUCUCUCUCUCUCUUUCUCUGCACUAAAUGGCAGUGCUGUUAUUGGAUAGUGCAGAUUAAGGGGCAGUAUUAUCAUAAUAAGAGCUCCUUAUGACAUCAUAAGGAGAGCCAAAUUUCAACAACCUAUUUUUUCUUGUCUUGUAGAGAAUGGUUUACCAAAACUAAGUUACUGGGUUGAUCUUUUUUACAUUUUCUUGGUUAAAAGAAGCACUGGGGACCCAAUCAUAGCACUUAAACAUGGAAAAAGUCAGAUUUUCAUGCCAUGGACCCUUUAAAUAUGGGUAUUUUUCUUUAAAAAUAUUUUUUUUAGCAAAAAGCUGAAAUUAUUGCUUUUUUGUGAAGGAAUUUUGUUAGAGAUCAGAUUCAGAACGAUUAUCAAAACAUACACAGAGUUUAAAAUGAGUAAAUAACGUUUACUCAAAUAAUGGUGGGGAAAGAGUUAAGACAUGCUUUAUUUAGCCUUUACAUUUCUAUGCAAAUAUUAUUAAAUUGACAAUCGCAAACUUUAGUAAACUGCGUUGCGUGUUUGAUUAAAAUACUCUCUUCUUAUAAAUUUUGCAUAUGCAGAUAUUUUACAAAUGCACAUGCGAUAAGGUCAGUCACAAAAACUCAAUGAACAUUUUUCUGAAAACUGACAUGUGUGCACGAAGUUAUUUUUGAAACCGGAGAGGUUGAAAUUUCCGUUUAUGAAAAUAGCUGCCCACGUGUAAACGUAGUCUUAGGUAAAUCCUUACAGUAGUCUUUUAACGGCAAAAUAAGCAUUUGCACUGGCGCAAAUCUGGCUCUUAAAAUUAGAAGCAGCAACAAUUAUACACAGUGUUUACGGUUAUUUUGCCAACUUUUUCUUGUAUAGUAACAUAAAUAGAGCCUUGAAAUGAACAGACAUGGACUAAAAGCCACAAAAGUCCAAUUUUGAUUUCAUGGGGUCUUUAAUAAUGAAACACGCAAGGGUCUUGUCCAUCUGCUGAAUGAUGUGACUAACAGGUGUUCCCAUUUUUCUGAAACCUGCAAAGUUGUGCAGGUACAGAUGCCACGCAGACCUGCAGAUAGAGUAACUGUUAAAGUCCUCAGUGCAGGCAUCAAUGUCCUGUCCCUCUCCACACAGGUGCCAUCACACCGCCCCGCUCUCUCCUGUGAUCUGACAGUCUGUCAGCCUACCGGCAGUACUAUCCUCAGCUGGGGCCUGGCACCAGAAACCCAGAGUCAUGACCUCCAAUCACGAGCCAUCCCUCUCUGUAACACACCAACUUUGCUUUUAGAGCCACAGCUAGAAGGAUAGAAAUAAUAAAGCGAGAGAUGACCAAGUCAUUCACUGCUGUCAAAACAACAUAAAGCUUCAGCCCUGGGCAAUGCACCCCAUCUCCUCAGCUACACGGUGUCUGACAGCAAAGAGAACCCGUGAGGUUAUACCACAUCAUUUAUUGAGAUCUCUGAGCGAUCAACAGCUUCAUCUUACAUUUUAACACCAUCACAGCCACACAAGAACCAAAGGAGAAACAUCAUCCAAACAGAACUCACCCCUUUUCCACCGAAACGCUGCAGUCGCUUAUGUUGGAGUGAUGUGUGAAGCUCUCUCACGCUGGCUCACAUUUCCUCUCGCCUGAAUGACAGAACAUGUUUUAUUCAUGACAUCACAAGUGACAUAACAGUCAGAAGUCGGUUCAAUUUAUAGGUGAAAUUAAAGUCUGUGUAAAGUCAGAGAUUGAAUGUGUUUUCAGUUUGUCACACCACAGAAAAAUGUGAUGUUAACCACCCAGCCAAAUUUGAAAAUGUUAAAUAAAAAAAAUUAAAUCUUGGAAACACAGACAGGAUUCGCUGCUCUCAAAUGCUGGGGGCGUGUCCGCUAUCGGCACUGAAACCCCACCCACUCACUGAAAAAAAUUCCCUAUAUUUCAACUUUCAAAUAUCGCUACAACCUGAAUCGAUACUCUCAAUUGUGUUAGGGGAGGGGCCAUGCGUAGUGUCUCCAUAGCAUCAUCGAGCCACCGUUUUAGCCCCGCCCAAAUAAUCUUGGGGUGCGUUUCCUGAACAACGAUGUAACUCGCUGCUGAACCACUAUAGUGCGAUGCAUAGUUGGAGAAACUAACUAGCUUGUCACGACUGUUUCCCAAUAGCAUAGGAACUUUGUCGCGCAUUCAUCUUUGAACCACGUUGGUUUAACAACAUAGUUGAUGAUGUCACCUGGGAGGUGGAGUACUAAUUAUUCUGUGCAAAAUCGAUUUAAUGCCAGAUUACUGCUGUAAAUAACAUAUAUUACAUCAGAAGACUGAUUUUGUUAUCAUGAUGUUUAUUUUCACGAUAUUUAAUUAAUGCGCAAGUUUCCUCUUACGUCACUCCUCCCAGGGAUUCCCCAGGGUCUAAAACCUGUAGGACUGCACACAUGCGCAGUUUUCAAAUACAACGUUUUAAUUCUGUUUACAAACAUAAAGACGUAAAAUAAAAUGUGUAUAUAUUUAGAAUGAUGGAUAUAGAAUAUAAUACAUGUUUUUUGCUUAUUUUGUUCAAAAGCAUGAUGAAUGUUGAAAAGUAAGUCUACAUAUGAUAAAAACAAGGAACUAUGAGCUGUCGUUCGUUCAAACCACACAAGUUUGCGAUUCAGCUUGCGAAUGUUCGUUUGAACUCGGGUUUCGGGAAACACCAAAUCGUUGAACUUUGUCAGUAACGACGAAACUUACAACAGUAGUUGGCUAACGAUGCUUUUGGGAAACGCACCCCUGAACGGUUUAUACUCCACAAUUCAGUACUACAUAGUUCACACACUUUGUAAUAUGUUUCAGUAAUGCUUUUUUUAAUAUUUAUAACAUGUUUAGAAACAAUUCUGAAAUUACUUUACACAGACUUUAAUAAAAAUGAAUAUGCACAUUUGUAAAUGAAAGCAAUAAGCCUCAAGAACCUGGUCGCUAAGAACGCCCCUUCAUGUUGUAAAAUGAGUGUAACAAACGGUUUUGAGCAGCUUGUUGUUCUUUUAUACCACGGCUCAAUUAAAUACUUCAUUCUGAUUGGUUUAAGGUAGGGAUGUAAUGAUUCAACCGUGUGUCCCAUUAAAAAUGCCUGUCUGAAAUCGAUUCUGAAUCGCAAGGCUGCGAUUCUUUGUUUCAUGCACUACGACAUUUGGUCAGUAGGAAGUCCUUAUCAAUCUAAAAUCAUAACGAGUCGGCGUCGUUUAUAACGUGCAUUUAAAAAAGCAACACUCAUUAAAUAAAAUCAUUUAAAAUAUUCUUUAUUAUCAUGAAAAUACCUGCAACAAUUGGAAGAACAGUGAUAUAAAUAUUCCUGUAGACAUUUUCUGGAAUAGCAUUCGUAAUGCUACUUCUUCUGUGGCACAAAGGGAGUUUCUGUACAGGAGCGCCCCCUUGCAUUCGGAUGUGCCUGGAUUUCUCCGUAAUUCAUUCAAAUUCAUUCAUUGAGAAAACGCACAUUUGCACGGUUAAUCGUUACACCCCCAGUUUAAGGUGUGCGAUUAUUUUUCAUAAAGCACACACCUGUAAAGUACACUAAUUCAAAGUCUGUCAACUGCAUUACAGCUCCAAGUUAACUAAAGUAACGGAAAAUUCAGUUUUUAGCGACACACUGUUGGCUUGAGAUGAGAUUAGUUCCACCCACAAGAAAAUUUUGAGGACAAAAACUUGACAAAGUCUAGAAAUAAAACAUAAGCAAAGAUAAUGCCCUUAACUGCGCGUUGUGGCCGCAUUUUCACUUCGUAUGUGCAUUGUUCUUCUAAUACUUCAACGUCUCAUUGUCAAUCAUACUUAUGUUAAAUGUAAACAGCAAUAUGAUUAAAAACACCCAUGAAUUCUUCAACCAAGUAUUAUAGUUCAUUAGCCUAACUGUGAGCUCUUUACUGUUGCCAAGCAACAUAGCAACUUGAUGACUGAGAUUACAGAUUUGUGUUAAUCGGCAUAAAUGUCUUCACACAAAACUGGUUAUAGGUCUGUCUCUUUUAUAAAAGAUUUCAGAAAAACUAAAAUAGUUGGGCUACAAACAUAGCAAUCAUGUCUGUCAACUGGGAGAAAUGGGAGCAGAUUGGUUAAAACUGACUCCAGCAUAGUCUCAGUGGAUACGGGGGAACUUUCCCAAACAGAGUUGGAUCAGGCAAGAAACUUAUGCUUUAAUCUGAAACAUAAACACUAAUAAAGUAGUAUUAUUUUGUUGUGUGUUUAUGCUAGAAACAGCACAUGUACCAUAGUUUUACAGUAAGAUGUGUUAGGCUCCUACUGUAGUGGGGAGGUUUGUGAUGUUUACCUCUUGUAUGGGCCAGCCAUCUGUCAGUCUUAAGCAACGGCUCGGUCAAGCAGGGUUAAACCAGAACACAGAUCUCUGGGUAAAACAGCGUUCCUAUUCAUCCUAAUAGAAAGACAUGCAAGGGUUAGACUGGGUUUUGACUUUUUGUACUCUGUACAGAACUCUCACAUGGAUCUUAAAGUCUAGGGGGGACUUUUACAAGUUUAAGUUGUCCCAUUGAAGAAGGCUGGGGUUUUAUUUAUAGCUUCUUUUAUAGGCAUGCCUUUCAAUGUCUGCAUAUCUGCUGUAUGCUUGACCCAUAGAGUCAGAAACAAGGCAGAGGACUCAGUUUACUUCUGGGUUGGGCCGGCUCUCAAGAGAUAGAUGGAGUGUAUGCCGGUCUUCUAAAACAAUCACUGUUAUAUUCUGUUAUAGCUGGUUUCCUUAAAAACCUUGGUGAUUCACUUCAGUGUUUCCUGUCAGGGGUCAUUUGGGUGAUGAGAAAGAGGGCACGGGUCACCCUUGAAUGUAUUAGGCCUUCUUGAGUUCAUGUGGCAUGGACUAUCUUAUCAGUAAGCUGUUAUGUGAUUGGACAGUAUUAGACAUUAAAUAAGAUAAAUAAAAUGGAAAGGAUAGGGAAACAAGACGUAGUCAUCAAAGGCCAGGACAAUGACCUGGUUAGGUUUCAAUUACACAACACAUUUUUUUUCCAGUUUUUUUUCCUAACGUCAAUUUGCACUCUGGAAUUAAUUUUGAUGCUUAGGUCCAACAGAUGGGUUCAUGUGAUUGUUUUAUUAUAUGCGAUGUGUUUUAUUUCUCACAGUCAUUGUUUCGACAGCUGUCUGGGCCAAAGGGGAUGGUUUUAUGUAAGGGUUAUGUUUGCGUAAUUGCAGGUCAGUACGACCCUGUA